UUAAAUUUCUUGGUAAUUUGAGAAAUAAUUUUAUUGUUGUUCAUUGUUUGCAUAAUUUCUUUUCUUCAGGUUUCCAAAAUUAGCUACCUACAUAUAGAAUUUACUAUUUAGUAAAACAAGAUUGAACUUAUUUACAUUUGAAAAUGAAUUAUUAGUUUGAGAAUUCAGGUCAUGAAACUAAAUGUUAUUGAUAAAACUAAUUUUCUGUUCAAAUUUUUCCCCAUAUAAGGUAAUUUUAUCAACCAAUUACCCUGUUAUUUUUGUUGUUGAUAGUUGAGUGUGUGUCAUCCCCGAUAUUCUUUGCAACCAUUUAUUUUGUGUUCAGAAUAAUACACAUUCUCUGUUUGCCAAUUGCUUUAAAUUUUUUUUUUAAUUUUCAUUGAUAAAUGAUGAGGCAUAAUAUGCUGUUUCAUCCCUAUGUCACACAACUGUGUACUUUUCUAGCUUUAUUCAAAUGAAUUUCCAUGAAGUUGACUAGUUAACCAUUCCCAGCCCUAGAAUUCAGAUGUUGUGUAUCCAAUGGCGAUUAGGAUCGACUCUCUUUUUGAGAUUCUUGUUCAAAGGCUUCCUUUAUCGAAUGCUUUUACUGUACAGCACGGUUGUUUUUGUAAAUUGCUUUCAAACCUGUUUCAUUUAUUCAUUUUAAUAUCAAUUUGAUUAGAAGUGGCUUAUUCCUGCAAGUUUCAAGUUUUUCUUACGUUUUGUGAAUAUUCUAUUAUGUUAGCAAGUUGAUUAUUAAUUAUAAUGUGAUUUUAAUAUGAUUUAAUAUUUUGAGGAUUAGCUGAUUAACAAUUAAUUCUCAAUAUCCAGUAUGUCCAAUUAUUUUUAAUUGGCUAACACCAUUUUGACUAAAAACGCGUGUUCCCAAUUUGAUUUCUAUUGUACAGUGAGUCUAUAAAGUCAUUUUACAAUUUAAGAAAUUAAUUACAAAGUAAAAUAAUAAAUAUUUAAAUGAUAAGGUGGCUUUAUGGACACAGCGCCUUGUAUAUUUGAAAUCGAGAGCUUUUAAAAUUUUUGAUAAGUAUUUUCAAUAUAUUCUAAAAUUUUCAUUGAUUCAAUAGUCAACAUUUGUAACAGAAAUGAUUAUAUAUAUGACUUAGGUGUAAAAGUUCAAUUUCCUAAUAUGAUUGCCAGUUUUAUACAGAAAUAUAGCUUAAAAAUAUCUCGCAAUACAAUUUGGGCUAUUGGUUUUAUCCAUUCUGUGGCAGAAAGUACUCGGCAUUUUGUUUUGUCAAAUAAUAUUGGAAAAAUAUGUUUUUAUUUAUCAAUGCUGAUUGAGUUUUUUACAUGUUGGAAUAUAGCUGUUGUUUCAUUGCUUAUGGUAGUUAUUAAUGUGCUCUGUAUUGUUUGUCAAUUAGCUUGUUAACUUGUUAAUUAGAUUCGGUGUUAAUUAUGGCAGUGAUAUUUGAUUCAAGAGUCUUGCUACACACUAACACAAUGUAUUUCUGUAACGUUUCAUCUGACCGGAGUGGGACUUCUUUAGGCAAGCAUUUUUCAACUAUGAUAAGAAACGCGAUAGCAUGUACAUAAAUAAUUGUAAGCAAUUGUUGAGUUAGUUUUCAAUAGAGGGACAUGACAUUCCCUAACUGGUAACGUAAUAGGUUAGUUUUGCACUAAAAAGUAACAUCAAAAUGCAAUUAAAAAUAAAUUAGCUGAAUGUUUUCUUCCCUCUCUUUCUAUUUAUUGCUGUUCAUUUCACUACAUAAUCUGCUUCUUAUGACUGACUAAUUAUCCAAGACUAAUUCACCAUGUCCCAUAGUAAUCCCAUAGGGCAUCUUGUGAUGUGGUUUUAUUGCCAAACAAAUGCAGCUGGCCUAUGAGUUGUAAAGUUGUAGUAUUUGUAUGUUCUGAAUGGUUUGUGACAGUUUUACAUAGUUUGUAUUGUAGUUUUAGAAGGGAUUUUACAUUUUUUUUUAUUUGUAGAAAUGAUCUAUGUGUAGUAUUGUAGUGAUCUUUAGCUGAAAGAUAUAUAUUGAAAUGAGUUGUCAUGGGAAAAUGACUAGCAACUGAUAUUUUGUGAUAUACCGUAUAUCUUCGUAUGUAGGCCGAGUUUAAAACUCAAAAAAAAUAUGCUGAACUAAAGGGUCGGCUAAUACGUUCUUAACUCUGAUUGCAUUAAUUCUCUUCUGAAAGCAUUUGCUGUGAUAGUUGCGUACGGCGUGUAACGAUUUGUAGGUUUGGCUUAUAUGUGAUUUUUCAUUAAUUCACCAUUUUAGGGGGCGACUUAUAUGCGGGGAUAUAUGUUACUUGUUGAAUGGUUAGUGCAUGCUUCUCCACAGAAAGCUUAUCAAAAAGCCAAAUUUGCAGUUUUGAUUUAAAUUUGAAAGUUUUUAUGGAAAUAAUUUGAAGUAACUUUAGAUCGUUGUUUGAACUGAAAGCGAUAAAAAUAUAAAAAAUUUUGAAAUUUUUAUGCAAAUUUCAGGAAAUAAUUGUGAAUUUCACGCAGAGGCCCGCAAGCCUUAUCUUCGGUUGUCAAAAAAAGUGAGAUUGACUUUCCAAGGACCAAGUGACUCCCCUUUCCCCAUGAUUGUAUUUUGUUUAUUUGUUAUUUUACAAUUUUAUUGUUGUUUUGAUUGAUUCCCAUUCAUUCAUGUAAUACAAUGCUGUAUUGUUUGCUUUUAUCUAUGAAUUCAAAGAGAUGCCUCAUGUUCUUAGUUAAUUCAAGGAAUAUUUUUUUAUGUACGAUAUAUUCUCCUAGAUUAUAGUAGGACAAUUAUUGAUGACUGUUUGAUAUUGUAUCCCAAAUUUGGCUCAUUUUACUCAUGAUUCACUCAAAUCAUUUUUCUGUGACACUCAAGUGGGUUUAGCCUGACCCUAUAAAUUAUGUUUGGAAAUUUUAGUUUGGAACGGACAUUUCAUAAGGUGUUCUUCACUCUAAAUAGUGCUCUAUAUGAGUAGCCAAUGAUAUUUAUGAAAAUGCUAUUUUUAGGAAGGACUAGCCCUUUUUAGUAAUGAAGUCUGUUAUGCUGAUUGUGCGUAGACAUUUUCUGACAUUUGAUAGAAAGCAGAAAUGGCAUUCAAUGUCAAGUGUGUCACGUAGGCUUCUGAAUGGCAAGAUGUUCAAGCCAAGUAUAUUUGAAAAAUAUGUUUUUCGUCAUCUCAUUUAUAAGUCUGCAUUUGUGAACAGUUCACUAGUUAUACUUGAACCCGUCUUUAACUCUCAAAGCUAUUUAAUUAUCAAUAUGCUUCAUUUAAGUUUGAAUGUUUAUUGACUUGACUCUGUCAAUUCUAAAAUUGAAAUAUAUAAAAAUCUACUGGUCAAGGUAUUUCUGCAUAAAAGAACAAAAGCAUGGCAUCUUAUUGGUUAAUGUUGAGCCGAUAACUAUGCAGUAAGCACUAGUUAAUUCUGGCACUAAAGCUCGACAAAAAAUUCCAGAUAACAAUAUUUCAGACACAUCGAGUAUUGAGCUUGUUUAUUUAUUAUAGUAGAGUAUGAUUAUCGAAUUUUUUGAAAUUAUUUGAUUCAGUCGCAAGGGAAACCGUCCUUCUUUAGAUGCUGGAAAAGCUUUGCUUCUAUGCUGUAGAAAACUCUUUACAAUGCUGAUAUGUGCUUUUAGCUUCUUUCAAUUAUUUGUGAUUGAUGUUCCAUUUACUUUAUUAACUUGUCUACAAGUAAAUAUGAAAAUAGUUCAGUUGCAACUAAACUUUGCAAUUUUCGAGGUAUGAUCGCCAAUUUGUUUUUUACAGUCAUGAUUUUCCUCUCCUUGUAUAGUCUGAUUUCAACAAUGUAUUUGAUUUGUUAUGUUGAAGAAUUUUUUCAAGAUUCAUAAACAAUUUUGACCAAUUCAAUUUAAAAUUGAUGAUAUUCACAGAAAAAAUUUUGGAAGAUUCGUAAAUUUGAAAAUGCUGUUUUUUGCGAAAAUUUUGCCGUGGAAUCAAGCUUUCUUAAAAUUUCAUGGAUUUAAAUUUGCCUUUCAUCAUAAUUUUUAGAAAAAAGAAAAAUUUUAAAAUAUUUUCCAAAUAUUAUUUCAGAGCAUCAUGCCAUCUUUCUAAAUUUCAUUGUAGUUAUUUGUGUUCUUGUACAGAAUAUUCGCGUGAUUCAUUUUAUUUUUGUUACUAUUUUUCUUGUUGUUCUGUUGACAAUAUCAUGUUAUAUUUUCAUUCUCAUAAUUGUGUAUGCUUAGCAAAUUUGCUUUUAAUGUAUAUGUAUGAUAAUGCGUUUUCUUCAGUUGUAUACAAAUAUUAGAUAUACCCUGAACUAUCAGUAUGAAUGUAUAUAUUCGAAAGUGUGUCAUUCUACUUUUUGAAAUUUUCAAACUAUCGUCCAUGGAAUAGGGAACUAUGAGAGUUUAUUUUCAGCCAAGUUAAUACAGUUAAUACCAGUUUAAAAUGACUCAUUUUCAAAAUGAAGUUCUGUUUUACCAAGAAAUUGCCACUUUUCUCACUGAAUUUACAGUUUGUGAUAAAUUACGAAGUAAUGGUUCCUAUUAUAAAACGACCCUGGUUCCAAACUUUUAGUUGAAGGGAAUCUUUACUCUUUAAAAAAUUCAAAUUUGAAUAACGGAAACUUUGAUGUAUGCAUGCCUUCGCUAGUUGUCUUUUGAGAAUGCUAGUCAGUUGAAUGCUUUUUGCUUAUUCGAAAUUUCGACUACGACCUUCUGAUUUAGGAAGGUCUUGAAAUAUUACUCAAGUUUCAAUAUCCAUUUUAAUAUUCAGCUCCAGAGCUGUACUUCUAAAUUUGACCAGAUUUUAUAGUAACCACAUGCAUAACUGGUGAGAAACAAACAUUAUAGGUGUUUUCUAGGAUUCGAAUGUCCAUUCAUGCUGACUUUGCCAUGGAUAUACACAUUCGAAACUUUGGCAAUACUUAUAUCAUUCGCAUCAUACAAGUUGUGCUCGUAGUAUUCAUUUUUUGAUCCUUAAUUGUGUUAUUAUGUUUCCAUGUCAUGAAUUGCUAUUUACAGAACAUACCCCUUAUAUUGUGGGUUCUCAACUAGGUGUAUUACCACCCCUGGGAAUAAAUCUGACCUGCAUCAGUUGGGGGAGGGGGGUGCCAACUUAAAUUAAGAAAACCUGUUGAAUACGAUGCCAAUUGCAAUGUCUUCUGUUGCAUAAUAGAUGAUAUUGUGCUCCCAAUAUGGAGAGACUGUUUAGACUAGCGCCAUUUUUCAUAUUUCAAUUACAUUACUCUGGAAUAGAGAGUACACAGUUUGGAAGAAAUUUUUCUUGUUAAAUCUGCAUGUGCUAAAUGAAAGAAUGGUUUAUUCUGCUUUAUAUAAAUCGUGUUUGAUUUAUAAGAGAACAUUUUCUGAUAAGAGUACAACUGUCUGAAUAUUCGUUUUGUCAAGUUAAUUCUCGUAUUAUGAUAUCAAGUUGGAUCCACUGAAUUUAUUGUACCUAUUUUGUAAUUUAUUUGGGUGAUGUGUGAUUUGACCUUUGCACUGUGACCCGCUGACCUUUUGUAUAUUUUAAUUAAAUCACAGUUAGUAUAAUCUAUGAUCCCAAGCAUUGGGAUGAUACCGGCUAGAGUAACAAUGUAGAUCAAUGACUGACAACUUCAUUUUGUGUAACCAUUGGACCACCUAAGCCUCGUUCAAAAUGAGCUACGGCAGGUAUUAUUCUGGUGGCAGCUAUUCUAGGAGUCAUCUUGAACCAUCUGGUUCAACGUUGUUCAGCACAAAAUACACAAGUGCUAACUAUGGAUCGAGUUCAAGAAAAGUCUUGCCAGAUAAAUUUGACUAUCCUGAUAGGAGAGCUGUAGGAUCUCGUUCAAUGUUGGAAAGUAGUCCAAAGUUUAAUUCAUACAAUGAUACUCCCAUCUACUUACCAUCAAGAUAUGGAAGAGCAAAAACAAAAGAUAUCGUUAGACCUUCAACUAGGAGCAGGCAAGCUACUCAAUCCAUGACAAGAGAAACUACACGUCGAUCCAGAAAUGAUCGUGACUCUUCGUUACCACGUUCUCGCAAAAAUACUGGCAUAGAAUACCCAGAACUUUCUAGCAUCCCUGUAACUUCCUAUCGUCCGCUACCUGAAUUUCAAACUAUUACUUCAAAUUAUAAUAAAAGGACUUCACAAAGGAAAGCUUCAAUAUCAUCAAAUAAAUCUUACUCUAAUAGUAAUGGAUAUAAUAGCAGUAGCUCUUACCUUCACAAUGGAUCAUACGAUCAUUAUUCAAAUGGAUACUCCCCGAAGAUAGAAGUUAAAAGAAACAUUCACAAUUCAAAUCGUCAAAUAUCAGUAGAUGAUGUUAAAACGGAUACUUACUCACCGGUGUUUGCGCAGAAUCGGACAAGCAACAACAAUAAUAAGGAUUAUGAAAGUGGUUCAAGCUCCUCAACAAGAUCUUCUAUAAAUGGAAGAAGGGAAGAUAAUAUGGUUAGUUCAACGUCAAGCAGUAGAGAUGUAGGACAUAAUGGAUACAGUAAUAGAAAUUCUGUAACUUCAACAUCCAGUGGUCGAGAUAGUCUUGUUGAUGCAAAUGCAGGCCUUGUUGGUCUGAAGAAUAUUGGAAACACAUGUUUCAUGAAUUCCAUUAUUCAAUGUCUCUCGAACACCAAGUCACUUCGAGAUUAUUGUCUCAACAAGCAUUAUCUUAACGACAUUAACAACAAAAGUUCAUCUUCGGCAAAAGAAAAACUGGUUGAAGCUUUCUCUGAUAUAAUUCGUCAGAUCUGGCAUCCCUCGUCAGGAGGAAGCCCUAUUUCAACUUCGGCGUUCAAAUCAAAAAUUCAGAAAUUCUCAAAUAGAUUCAGUGGAUAUGAGCAGCAAGACAGUCAAGAAUUCAUGAGGUUUCUCAUCGAAGGAUUACAUGAAGAUGUCAAUAAAGUAACAAAGAAACACAAGGAUUCAAUACCCAACUAUGAUUCACUGUGUGAUGAAAGUAAAGCAAGAAAGACAUGGGAUUUCUACCUCAGUAAAGACAACAGUUUUAUUGUUGAUUUAUUCAUGGGACAACUAAGAUCUUCAUUAAAAUGUGAAGAAUGUGGAAAUGUCUCCACGACCUUUGACCCUUUUUGGGACUUGUCACUACCCAUACCCAAGAGUUCAAGCUACAGUUUAGAUAAAAUCAAUCUUCAACAAUGUCUCGAUAAUUUUACAAGGGAAGAAAUAUUGGACAGAGAUGAAAGACCGACAUGUGACUAUUGCAAAGCUCGCAGAAGAAUGACCAAAAAGUUUACAAUAUAUAAGUUUCCGAAAAUAUUGGUUAUUCAUUUAAAAAGGUUUAAUGAAGGUCAACGAUAUCGACAAAAACUGUCAAAUGAAGUUGAUUUUCCAAGUAGAUUGGAAAUAACAAGCCCUGUGUCCACUGCACCAGCAUCAUUCAACUUAUAUGCUGUGUCAAACCAUAGUGGUUCAUGCUAUGGUGGACAUUACACUGCGUACUGCAAACAUGUUGAGAGUGGGAAAUGGUAUUCUUUCAAUGACUCACUGGUGUCAGCAAUGAGCUCAUCUUCCGUCCAAUCCAAAGAAGCUUACGUACUUUUUUACGAAAAUUUGAAAUCGUCAAGGAGUCACUUGUGAUCGUUUUAUACACUCCUAUAUGUAUUUAUUUCUCUUAAGUUUUAUGAAAAGGCAAGAAUAUAUAGCCCAAGCGGCAAGAAAUAUCUGAAUACCGUAUGAACAGCAAGAGCUCUGAAAUUUUUUUGUCUUGUUUUGCUGUUUGCAUCUGGUAAUUAGUCUAAAUUUAUUGACACCAUCAUCAUGCAUGGCCAUCCUUCACUUCUAAACAAAUUGCAAUGCUUCUGCAAGGCUUCGGAAGCACUACUUCUGAUACUGAUAGAGGACAGGGGCUUAGGGACAAGAAUAUCCUACGUUGGGUGAUUUUGCAGGUUUUAUAGCAUUGGACCAUAAUGAAUAAUUGCCUCAUUUGGCGAUGUUUAGAAUUUAAGUUAGAUUGUGAUUAUGUGAAAAUUAUUGUUAUUAUUGCUGAAUUUUUUUGAAAGUGUCGUGUCACAGGGCUUGAUAUUUCACUUACAAUCCAUGUUAACCUGUGAACUGCUGAGAAAGCCAUAACAUUGUUAGAAAUUACAUCCAGGCUCAUAUGUACCACUGCAAGAAGCACAGACUUUGGAAUAUGCUUUUUUAAUUAGGGAUUUAUUCCUAUUUGUGCCAAAUUUGUCCCAGUUUGUAUUAUUAUGUUCUAUGAUACGUUGAAAUAUUGGGAUUUCCUCUAAAAAUGUUCUAAACGUCUUAUCAGCCGGUUGUUUCGCCUCAUGUUUGGAUCUAAUUUAAUAAAAAGAAUUGAAAAAAGUAAUAAUUCUAAAGUGCAUCAAUAUAGUAUGCACAGAUUUAUGUUGAAAACCUUUUCUAUAAUUAUCAUUUUGAUGCUGUGGAUCUAUUUUAACCAUAAACACAUUUUGAAUUUUAAAAAUUGUGAAGUUCUCAUGACUCAUGUAUGACUCUUUAUUUAGCUAGUGUCUGCGUUCUAAAUUAUUUUAAGAUCAAACAAAAGUUGAAAUCUACAUUGUUGAUUGUAUUGCUCAAUUUUAUUCAUAAAAUAUUCAAAUUUCAAGAUUAUCUAAUUCUUAUGCUCUUAAGCAUUUGUGAUAUUGUUUAUAAAACUCGUUAACAUCCUAUUUAAAAAUAACACCAAGAAGGUAUCAGCCUCGAUAUGUAGCCAACUCAAAUCCAUUUUUGUUUGUUCAACUUUUUUUUAUUCAUUAUAACGACGUUAAAUAUCAGUGGUAAUUCAUCCUUUGCCACAACAGAUCUGCAGAGACAAAAAGGCAUUAUAUGCCAUGAAAAUCUGAUUUGAUUUGUCAUGAAACAUGCUCAAUGUUUGUGGCAAAUUUUCCUUUUUAUAGUUAGAAUCAUCGGUACUCCCUUAGUAUGUGAACCAAGAUGGCGGAUACCGGAACAUAGUAUAUGUAUUACCAGGUUAGGGCAUAAUUUUAUGUACAAAUACUACAGGAGUCACUUGGCUAGUCACAGAACUUGUAAUAGA